AUGGUACUUGAUUUCUACAUUGGCGUACUCAUUGUGAAUGACAUCUUUUUGGAGGCAAUCAACUACUUCCUGGACCAGGUUGGAAGCCACAACAUGGUGGAGGAUGACAAUCAUGAAGACAAGAUUCACCUAGAAGAGCAAUGCAUGAAGAAGGUGAAGAAGUCUCUGUUGGACCAGGACAUGAGCAAUGACAUGAACUGGGAGAGAGAAUCCGGCAACAAGGACAGCAACAAUGACCAAGAGGAUAUUGAGAUGGUGCAACUGCCUGAUCAAGGUGAGGAUAUGGAGGUGACACAAUUGUUGUGGAAUCAUGUCAUAGAAGACAUAAAAGCUUCAUUGUCCACAGAAAGGCUUGAAGAGCUCCGAAAAGAGGUAUUCGAAGAUGAAGAGUUGUUGGAUAUGUCUGACGACGAAGACGUUGAGCAUGCUCCCUCUAAGUUCGACAAUCAAAAUGUUGAAGAUGCUCCCUCUAAGUCUGACAACCAAGAUGUUGAAGAUGCUGCUGCUAAGUUCAAUAACUAA